CUUUGAAGGCUAUCUGUAAAUUCACUAAAUUGUUCUUGUGAUUUGUAUUAUCUCAAGAACUAAGAAGGUUUUGCUCUACCAGUGUAAGAGAGGAAAAACUCCUAAAGGAGGAUAUGAAAAUCCCUGUUCCUGAACAUUGGAAACAGCUUUGGGAGUCAUGGGAUCUCCGAGGCUUCAUUAUCUUAAGCCUUUCACUGCAAGCCUUCUUAAUUUUGUUUGCUCCCUUGAGAAAGCGAACGCCAAACAAUUGGAUACUCAUGCCGCUCUGGUCGGCAUAUUUGCUUGCAGACUGGGCUGCAAACUUCGCUGUCGGACUCAUCUCCAGCAGCCAAGGCAACAAUUCUGGUCCUGUGAAUAAUGGAGAUCUUCUGGCAUUUUGGGCUCCAUUUUUUCUGGUACACCUUGGUGGCCCGGAUACCAUAACUGCUUUCGCUCUUGAGGAUAAUGAGCUGUGGCUCAGGCACUUGCUUGGCCUCAUAUUCCAGUGUGUGGCUGCUCUUUAUAUCUUCUUUCAAACGCUACCCAACAAGCUAUGGAUCCCAACAAUGCUCAUGUUUAUCGCAGGGGUUAUCAAGUACUCUGAGCGAACGCGUUCUCUGUAUCUCGCAAGCUUGGGUAGUUUCCGGGACUCCAUGCUUAUGGAACCUGACGCUGGGCCUGAUUAUGCCAAGCUCAUGGAUGAAUACUUUUCGAAGAAAGAAUCAAAACUUCCAACACGGAUUGUGAUGAUUCCAGAACCUGAUAGAGUAAUCAAAGCUGCCACUGCAGACAAAGUAGCUGAUUUGACCGACUUACAAGUGGUGCAACAUGCCUAUCGCUUUUUUAAUACUUUCAAGGGGCUCAUUGUUGAUCUCAUAUUCAGCUUUCGUGAGCGCAACCAAAGCCGAGACUUCUUCCUGAAAAGGAAUGCAGAAGAUGCUUUUAAAGUGAUAGAGGUCGAAUUGAAUUUCAUAUAUGAAGUUCUCUACACCAAGGUCAGUGUGGUGCAUUGUAUAUUUGGGUACAUUUGCAGAUUUAUUUCGUUUUGUUCUGUUGUUGUAGCCCUUGUACUCUUCUAUUCGGAGGACAAGCAGGGAUUCCAUAGGUCUGAUGUUAAAAUAACCUAUGCGUUGCUCCUUGGUGCCAUGGCCCUGGAUAUAAUUGCUCUAUUCAUGCUCAUCUUCUCUGAUUGGACCAUUAUCGCCUUCAGUGAGUCACCCGAGGUUAACUCUCAGCAUAAAUCAUUUGUUGAUAAAAUCCUUAGCUUCUUGCUAGAAGUCAAGAGGGGAAAGUGGUUUGAAGACUCCUCAAGGCCUACGAAAGUCUUGCAUCGCAGGUGGUGUGAAUCUGUUUCAAAAUACAAUUUGAUAUAUUAUUGCCUGCAUCAACGUUCAAAAAUGAAAGAAAAUAUCAUUGGUUAUUUGGGCCUUACAAACUUUUUAGAUGGGCAGAAGUAUGUGCAGAGGGAAACUUUCACUAAAGAGCUAAGAGACUUCAUCUUCAAGGAGCUGAAAAUGAAAUCUGAGAUGGCAGAUGAUUUAGAAACUUCCAAGGAGAUAUCUUCAGCCAGAGGUGACUGGAUUCUUCGGAUUAAAGAUCGGGGCAACUUACUUCCUUAUAUUGUUGAUGUGGAUUAUGAUGAAAGCCUUCUAUUAUGGCACAUUGCAACUGAACUCUGCUACAAUGACGAUACUACUGAUGAAGGAAAUGCUGAUAAAAAUACUGGCGCAGACAAGAGUUCACCACAGUGUUGUUGCUUGCAUUUACCCAAAAAAAUAACUGGUGCGGGCAAUGCUGGUGAAGGAAAUGCUGGUCAAGGCAAUACUGGUAACAAUACUGGUGAAGGCAAUGAUUCUAAGAAGUAUCGUGAAUUUUCGAAGCUCCUGUCAGAUUACAUGUUAUAUCUUCUAGUUAUGCAGCCAACAAUGAUGUCUGCAGUGGCCGGUAUUGGGCAAAUAAGAUUCAGAGAUACCUGCGCAGAAACCAAGAAAUUCUUUAAGAGAAAGAGAUCAGAACAGGGACAGGAACAGAGUCGAGCCUUUCCAAAUAUCAAGAAUUUUUUUCGUAGAAGGAAAUCAGAACAGGGAAAGGAACAGGAACUGGCUCGAGUCUUUCCAAAUAUGAAGAAAUUUCUCCGUAGAAGGAAAUCAGAACAGGAACAGCAACAGACACGAGCCCCUCCAAAUAUCUUUACUGUUAAGAAAUUCUUCUGCACAGAUAAAUCGAAAGAGGUUGAGGAACAGAGAAGGGCCUGCAAGAGUAUCCUGGAUGUUAAUACAGAAGUUAAACCAGUUACUGUGAAAGGAGAUAGAAGCAAAUCUGUGUUGUUUGAUGCGUGCAUGCUGGCUAAAGAGCUGAAAAAGUUGGAUGAGAAAGGGAAAGAUAAAUGGGAAACAAUAAGCGGAGUGUGGGUAGAAUUGUUGUCUUAUGCUGCGAGUCAUUGCAGACCAAAUACUCAUGCUCAGCAACUGAGUAGAGGUGGAGAGCUCAUCACUUUGAUUUGGUUGUUAAUGGCUCAUCUUGGCUUGGGGGAUCAAUUUCAAAUUAGCGAAGGCCAUGCAAGAGCAAAACUUAUUGUGAGGAAAUAGCUGAAUCAUUAAGGAAUGCUAUUGCAGCUGCUUUUAAUUUUCUGAUGCCAUUGUUUUGUAAUUUUCUCUCCUGUUUGGCAUUCAAUCGAUUGAUGACAUGCCUUCAAUCACUGUAUU